AUGAGAGGCCAUAAGAAAAAAAUUUCAAGAACAAACUUUGCAAAAUUAAAAGGAAGCAGAGCCCUCUUCCUGGAAUGGGUUUGGGUAGGAGACAGUGAGGUCGGCGGAGGCGGCCGACGAUUAGGGGCUAGGGUUCCCGAGAGUGGGGAGGAGGUGGAGGAGGAGGAGGAGGCGGCGGCUGGAAGGCCUUUUGUCGGAGGAGGAGGAGGAGGCGGCGGCGGCGGUUGGAAGGCCAUUUGUCGGAGGAGGAGGAGGAGGCGGCGGCAGCGGUCGGAAGGCCUUUUGUCGGAGGAGGCGGCGGAGGCGGCGGCGGCGUGUGGAAGGCCUUUUGUCGGAGGGGGAGGAGGAGGAGGCGGCGGCGGCGGGUUGGAAGGCCAUUUGUCGGAGGAGGAGGAGGAGGAGGCGGUGGUGGCGCAGCGGUCGGAAGGCCUUUUGUCGGAGGCGGCGGCGGCGGCGGUUGGAAGGCCUUUUGUCGGAGGAGGAGGAGGCGGCGGCGGCAGUGAAUUAGGGUUCCUAGGGAUUGAGAGGGGGAGGGGAAGGGGGAGAAACCGGGACUCCUAUUGCCGGACGGACAAAAACGGAAAAAGGAGACUUCUAUUGCUGGACGGAGGGAGUAUUAUUUCUGCUAAGGUGAACACAUACGUUUUUGUUCUCGCUAACUUAGUGAAGCCAACUAAGGAAACGCUGAUUGUAGUAGGUGGCGGAGCUGCCGGCAUUUAUGGAGCCAUAAGAGCGAAAACUGUUGCGCCUGACCUCAAUGUUGUUGUUAUUGAGAAAGGAAAGCCGUUAUCGAAGGUUAAGAUUUCUGGUGGUGGUCGAUGUAAUGUGACAAAUGGACAUCACACUGAUAAUGUGGUUUUGGCAGGAUACUAUCCUAGAGGCAAUAAAGAAUUGCGAGGGUCAUUUUUCAAGGUGCAUGGCCCAAUUGAUACCAUGUCAUGGUUUUCAGAUUGUGGAGUUGAACUGAAGACUGAACCUGACGGAAGAGUAUUUCCAGUCACUGACAGCUCAUCAACUAUUAUAGAUUGCCUAAUAUCUGAAGCGAGGAAGAGAGGGGUUGUUCUGGAGACUGGUAAAACUGUUACCAGUGUUUCAGCAAUUUCUGGUUGCAAAUUCUCUGUCAAAGUAGAAAAACGCACAGUUGGUUAUGUUGAGCAUGCUGAAGCAAAUUUCUUGAUGAUUGCUAGUGGUAGUAGUGAGCAGGGAUACAAACUUGCUGCACAGCUUGGUCAUUCUAUUGUGAAACCUGUACCCAGUCUAUUCACUUUCAAGAUUGAUGAUUUUCAGUUAGUAGAAUUGUCUGGGGUUACCUUCCCUAAGGUGAGAGCACAAUUGAAGCUGGCAACUGUUCAAAAGAGCAUACCCGCACACACACAGGUUGGGCCACUGUUGGUAACACACUGGGGCUUUAGUGGCCCAGUAAUUCUCCGAUUGUCUGCCUGGGGAGCUCGUGAGCUCUCAGAUUCUGAUUAUAAAGGAACACUUCAUCUGGAUUUUGUUCCUGAUUUUAAUGUAGAAGAUCUGAAGUCACUUCUUAUUGCACACAAAAAUAAGUUUGCGAAACAAAAGGUUGCCAAUUCAUUUCCUUCAGAACUUGGCCUUGUGAAGAGAUUCUGGAGAUGUAUUCUAGAACGUGAGGGUUUGGACGGGGAUCUUUUAUGGGCAUACAUAUCCAACAACUCUUUAAUCUCAAUUACUUCUCAUCUGAAAAACUGUUCCUUCAGUGUGAAAGGAAAGGGUCAAUUUAAGGAUGAAUUUGUCACUGCUGGAGGUGUUCCAUUGUCUGAGAUAUCUCUGAACACCAUGGAGAGCCGAAUCCAGCCACAUCUAUUCUUUGCUGGGGAGGUAUUAAAUAUUGACGGAAUAACUGGUGGCUUCAAUUUCCAGAACGCUUGGUCGGGUGGAUACAUAGCUGGAACAAGCAUCGGUAACCUGGCGACAGCUUCUAGUCUGGAGGAAGAAACUGUCUGAAAAGAAAAGGAUUUAAAAAAAGAAAGAAAAAACGCUCGCUUGCAUGAUUGCAUCAUGUGGAUCUAAGGGUUUGCCUUUUAUGCAGAUACCACAGAUUUUUCCAGAAGAACAUGGGAGGCCACAUGAUUGAGGAUCUCUGUGGGUACAUCUCACUCUAACGUGGUAUGUUUUGAUGUGAUGAAAUUAAAAUCUGGCUCUUGUCAGAUAAUAGAGUAGUGAUUAAAUUAUCUACCUUUUGGCUUGUUUGUAGUUGGACAAUCUAACCUAUAAUGUUUCACUUUCUUUUUUAUUGUUGCA